CUGCUGCAGGACAUUUGGAGACAUUUCCGCUCCACCAAGCAGGGUUAAAGUCCCUCCUCUUCAGUAACUGAUUAGUUGAUAAGCAACAGCUCAGAUCAUGUGAACUUACAGCCUGUUUAACAGCUGAUCGCAGCUGCACAGGACGUCAGGAUCAACUUACAGGAGGAAAAAGAAGAGCUCAGUAAUGGUUCAACGAGUGGCAGUGGUUGGAGGGGGCAGUUCCGGUCUGGUCUGUAUUAAGGUCUGUGUUGAUGAGGGCCUGGAGCCUGUCUGCUUUGAAAGCACUGAUGACAUUGGCGGCCUGUGGAAAUUUAAGGAUUCUACUGAGCCAGAGCGAUCCAGUAUCUACCGUUCUUUGGUGGUCAACACCUCCAAAGAGAUGAUGUGUUUCAGCGAUUUUCCAAUGCCUGCUGCCUACCCAAACUACAUGCACAACUCUCAGCUCCUGCAGUACUUCAGGCUCUAUGCUGAGCAUUUUGAUUUGCUCAAAUACAUUAACUUCCAGACCACAGUGAAGAGUGUUACACAAAGACCAGAUUUCUCAGUUUCUGGUCAGUGGGAUGUAGUGACCAUUAACAGAGACGGAGAGGAAGAGAGGCAUGUCUUUGAUGGAGUUCUAGUGUGUUCAGGCCACUACACCCAUCCUGUCCUGCCCCUGUCAGACUUUCCAGGACAUGAGACAUUUUCUGGAAAGUGUUUUCACAGCUGGGAUUAUAAAGACGCAGAUACCUGCAGAGGGAAGAGGGUGGUGGUGGUUGGAAUUGGAAAUUCUGGAGGAGAUAUUGCUGCAGAGAUUAGCAGAUCUGCAGAGAAGACAUUUCUCAGCACACGGCAAGGGGCUUGGGUGAUUGGCAGGAUGUCCAGCAAUGGUCUUCCCCUGGAUAUGACAGCUAUCACCAGGCUCAACAACAUCCUCAUGCAGCUUAUUCCUAAGACUCUGGUCAACUGGGCAGCAGAGAGAGUACUGAACCAGAAAUACGACCACAGACUAUAUGGCCUGCAGCCAAGACACAGACUUCUGGACAAAAAGCCUUUGAUCAAUGAUGACCUUCCCGGCCGAAUUCUUCAGGGGGCACUAGUCAUGAAACCUAAUCUGAAAGGUUUCAAUGGCUCUGGAGUUGUAUUUGAAGAUGGUACUGUGGAGGAGAACAUUGAUGCUGUGGUGUUCUGUACUGGUUAUAAUGGAAACUUCCCAUUCCUGCCUCCAGCUCUGUCUGAUGGGUCUAAGGGAGAGCUGACAUUGUACAAGAGACUGUUUCCUCCUUCUCUACAACACCCCACUUUGGCUGUGAUGGGUCUUUUCCAGACAAAAGGACCAAUCAUUCCCGUAGUGGAAAUGCAGGCACGGUGGGCUGUUAAAGUGUUUACAGGUUUGAGCCGCCUUCCAUCCAAGGAGAAAAUGCUGGCUGUCAUUGAGUCUGAGAGGAAAAGAAACAUGAAGAGCUAUUCUUGCCCACGACAGGCUGCCCUCCAGGUGGAUUACAUCCCUCUCCUGGAUUUCAUGGCUGACGAGGUUGGGGUUCGACCAAACUUCCUGAGACUACUACUAAGAGAUCCUCUCCUCUGGGUGAAGGUCUUCUGUGGUCCCUGUACUCCAUAUCAAUAUCGUCUCACUGGGCCUGGACAGUGGGCCGGCGCCCGCCAGGCUAUCCUCUCACAGUGGGAGCGGGUGGCACAACCUUUCAGAACCAGAGCGAUACCAGAACCGGAGAAAACACUGUCUGUCCUCUUCUCUCCUUGGCUGCUCACGUUUGGAGGAACUGUGAUUAUGGCUGUGCUUCUGUCUAAAAAUGAGGCCGUUCCAGUGGUGCAGGGUGCAGCUCAGACUCUGGACAGGUGCACGAUUUUCCUCAAGGACAUCUGGUCCUGAGUGAGUAGGUAACAGAUUUAAAGAGUGGAGAUGAGUAGAUUGAAAGAGGGUGUUUUAGUCCAUUUUUUCUCUCUCCUUUUGAAGAAGCCGUAAGACUCAUGUUUGUGUAGGUUUACAAUUGGUUGGAUGUUGCACAACUACAAUGUUUUUAAUUUAUAAAUUAGGGUGGUAUUCAGGAAACCACUGCUGAGUUGUGGUUACUGCAGGUAACUGCAGGAUGUGGGUUAAGAGGUGAAUCUGGGACAUUAGACAACAAAAACUCACAGUUGGUGUUAAUUAACUGUGGCCUCUUUGUGUUACUAAAACUACUAGAAAUCCAUCCACCAGUGAACAAACCUACAGUAUCAUACAACUGUAUUAAAAUAGUAAUGCUCCAAUGUAUCCAAGUCGCAGUGUAGUCUACAUGUGGAGAAUGUAUUUUUGUUGUUAGUGGGUUAUUUGCUUGGGGAGCACACUUGACCCAGAGAAGUCCACUUUAAAACUACUGUCUCAGAAGCCAAAUGAGGAAGAUACUUUGAAUGAAGUCAGUUCUCCACAAGAAUAACUGUAAUAUGCUGACAUAAAAUAAACAGAUUGUGAAACUUUUUUCAAAUA